AUGUUGAGUUCUGGUGGUUCGUUGUCGACUUCGCCGGAUGAUACUAGGUAUCAAAGGAUUGAAGCUGCUGCAGCACAAGGCAAACCGCCAAAUUCUACAUCAAGAAGAUUUAAAGUGGUGAAACAAGAUUUCAAGAGAGUUAUAUUGUCGGCAGCAAAAAUGAAAAAGUUGAAAGAUAGGAUUUUGGACAUCCCUUGUCGUGUUUGUGGUGACUUUUCCUCGGGAAAGCACUACAACAUUUUCGCCUGCGACGGUUGCGCCGGUUUUUUCAAGCGUUCUAUCAGAAGAGACAGGAAAUAUACCUGCAAAGCCAAAGAAGGAGGAAGCUGUAUAAUUGACAAAGUUCAUCGUAAUCAAUGCAGGGCUUGCCGUUUGAAGAAAUGUGAGGAGGCUGGCAUGAACAAAGACGCAGUACAACACGAACGAGGACCAAGAAAUUCAACCCUUAAAAAACAGCAGAUCUCCUAUCUCACCGAAGCCAACGCAAGACUCAUGUUGACACCACAACAGUCCACGGUCCUCAACUUGACCAUGGGUAGAUCACCAUCUCCCCAAUCGUCACCGAGGACUAUGGAGAACGUCAUCCAGUUCUUACCACACCCAUUUUUCUACCAGAAUACCCCCUUCACAAGGUUUGCUACUCCUCCUGCUUUGCCGCCAACUCCACCAAUCAUACCGCAGCUGCCGAUGUUGGCAACACCAGAUGAACCAACGGUGUCCAUCAUCUGUGAAUCUGCGGCGAGACUUCUCUUUAUGAACGUCCAAUGGGCGAGGUCAAUCCAGAGUUUCAUCACUCUGCCCAUGCAGGACCAACUGCAACUUUUGGAGCAGGCUUGGAGAGACCUGUUCAUUUUGAGCAUAGCUCAGUUCCUUCCAGGUUUGGAUCUCACUGGGACGUAUUUGGGCCGUAACGCUGCCCAAAACCCAGCAUUGCUAACAGAGGUUCAAGAUUUUCAGGACAUCCUCAACAAACUCCAGCACAUGAUGAUUGAUCCCCACGAGUAUCAGUGUCUGAGGACUGUGGUGCUGUUCAGGGCUACCAGCUUACAAGACAACGCUACUAGGCCUGAGCUGAACAAUUUAGCAGAUAAAGCUAGGGUUAUGAUGUUGCAAGACGAGCAUCUGCAGACUCUGAACAACUACAUCAUUACCUCCCAUAUGGAUCAGCCUUUGAGAUUCACCAAGCUGAUGUUGAUGCUUCCGCACCUGAAGAAAGUGUCCAAUUAUACGAUCGAGGAGUUGUUCUUCAGGAAGACCAUUGGAGCUAUCCCUAUUGUAAAUAUUAUUUCUGAUAUGUAUCGGAAACAAGCUAUGGGAAGAUAAUUGUGUAAUGUGUCAUCUUCCGGUCUUUCUUAUGGUUGCUUCAAUCUUCCGUGAUGGACCAGGAGAUUCAAUCUGGUGCUGUCGUCUUCCUUUUGGUAAGUCUGAUUACAUAUUGGCCAUUUGUUUGUAUAUUAAUUUUAACUGCGGAAAAUA